AUGCUCUGUAAGGAUUCGGAACAAAGAAGGAUGUUCAAAGGUUGCUCUGUUUCAAUGUUAGCAGCAUACCUUCAGCUUAUUAGCAAUUUGAAUAUGGCAGUAUACUUCCACAAUGUGUCAGUGACUUUGGGCAUGGAUAAUAGUUAUAAAGUGAUAUUGGCCCAAGGGAUCACGUGGUUUGGAACAAAGAAGGCAUACCUUCUGGUUUGGAACAAAGAAGGACAUUCAAAGUAUGAAAAGCUUAUUAGUGAUUUGAGUAUGGCAGUGUACUCUCUACAACAUGCUAGUGACCUUGGGCAUGGAUACAUGAUCAUAUACUCCCCACAAGGUGCUGGUGAUUUGGGCAUGGCUACGUACUCUCACACAUGCCAUUUGAGUUUGUUCACUUCCACAAGAAAACACGAAGGAUAUUAUUUACAGCAGUGA